AUGGGCGAUAUAGUCCGAACCGACGUUUUGAUCGUCGGGGCCGGCCCGUCCGGGUUGAUGGCUGCCGCCUGGAUGGCCCAGAUGGGAGUGAAUACUAUCAUUAUUGACCAAAAAUCGCAUCGGACGCGAUGCGGUCGAGCGGACGGACUGGAGAGUCGAACUCUGGAAAUCCUGGACAGUUUCGGCCUUGCGGACAAAGUUUGGGCUCAAGCAAACCACACCGUAGAGAUUGCAUUAUGGGGCACCACGGCCGAUGGUAAGCUGCAAAGGCAGAGCGUCGCCGCAAAUUCCAAGCCUGGAUGGUCCAGGUUUCAUGAGUCUACGCUCAGCCAAGGCCAAAUAGAAGAAUAUCUCAUGGAAUAUGUGCUGGCUCGAAAGCACGUCGAAGUGAAGCGGGAAACAAUUCCCACUUCACUCGAGAUCGAUUACAAGACGAUCGACGACCAAGAAGCGUUUCCAAUCCGCGUCAAUCUGGAGAAUGCGCCAUCUGACCUCAAGAGUCCAACUGAUGGUGUGGGCACUCCGAACAGCGAGGCUCACUCGGACGACUCCGGAUACGCAGGCAUGGGGACAACCGUUGAAGCCAAGUAUAUUCUGGGUUGCGAUGGAGCCCAUAGCUGGCUCAGGAAGCAACUCGGGUUAAGACUGGAGGGCGAAAACUACGACGAUUAUUGGGGUGUUCUAGAUAUCAUUCCCUUGACGGAUUUCCCCGACAUCCGGAAAAGAUUCAUUAUCAAGUCAAAGCACGGGACUCUCAUGAUGAUUCCACGGGAAAGAAAGCUUGUGCGCGUCUACGUUGAGCUUCCACCCGAAGCGAGCGGCAGAUAUAGCGCAGAACGAAACCCCGAUGUCCUCAUGGAGCAGGUUGCAACCAUCAUGCAACCGUAUACCAUAAGGGCAAGUCACAUUGACUGGUCAACGACUUAUACCGUCGGCCAACGUAUCUGCCGAGAAAUUGGUAUACACAAUCGCAUAUUCCUCGCCGGAGACGCCAUUCACACGCAUUCCCCGAAGGCAGGACAAGGGAUGAACGUAAGCAUGCAAGACACGUUCAAUCUCGGCUGGAAAAUAGCGUCAGUCGUCAAGGGCGUAUUGCACCCACGUGUUCUCGAGACAUACCAACAAGAACGGCUGCCCGUCGCCGAACGACUAAUAGCAUUAGACCAACGAAUCUGCCGAGGAAUGUGCAGCCAGCAAAACGGAAAUCCAGCUGCCCAUCACGGCCGCUUCGACGAGGACCACAAGCGGGCGCUCGAGGAAGAGAAUUCCUCAAUGUCAGGGCUCGCUGUAAUCUACCAGCCUAAUUCACUGGUCACAUCAACAAUUCGGGACGCGCCUUUGCCCAAAAAUGUGGCGUCGUGCAGCAGCAAACCAUUUGUGGCUCCAAAUCUCCGAGUCGGCGCGCGCAUUCCUAGCGUGCUGAUUCUUAACCAAAGCGACUCGCAGGCAUGUCAUCUGCAGCAGAUUCUUCCCAGUACAGGACAAUGGAAUCUGAUCAUUUUUGGAGGUGACAUUGCGGGCGCGGAUCAGAAGCGCCGAGUCGAAGGCCUCACAGAUGCCCUCAAUUUACCAGAUUCUGCGUUCGAGAAGCUAAUUGACCCGGUCUCCGUGGCGCGGCGUGGGUUUCCAGCUCUUGGCGUAUAUCUCAUUCACUGUGCGGAUAGACUUCGCAUCGAGCUGAACGACCUGCCGAUGGUCUUCCGUCCUUGGACAAAAGACGGUGUGGACUAUGGUAGGGUUUGGGCGGAUAACGAAGCUUACCACCAUGCUGGUGGAGGAAAACUGUACUCGUCUUUUGGGAUUGGGGAUAAGGGCUGUAUGGCGUUACUGCGGCCUGAUCAGCAUCUGGCUUUUCUUUCGGAUAUAGAUGAUGUGGAGAGUUUAGAACAGUUUCUGUGGUCGAUAAUGCCUGAAGCGACGCAAAAGCCUGUGUCUUUAUAA